CACCAAUCAAUCAUUCCAAGGUCUGAGAGACUGAGGUGUUGCUGGCUGAUAAUAACUGUGUCCAUGUGUAUUAUGUUUCAUGGAUAUGAGAAAUAUAUUUCAAUUGUUUCACUCACAUUAUGCAUUUAAUUUCUGAUUCUGGCCCUGUGGUGUAGACAACAGCCUGGAUCCAUGACAGAUGCUUUAAACCGUCUCACAUUGUCAAACAAAUAUCUUGAAGAAAAAAACAGGACCCAGUUUUCAUUUUGCACUGAUCUGUCACUUUAAGAAUCAACUUUGAACAUGGGGAGUCAGCAUCAUUGGAGGAAAGAGAAGGCGUUCACCUACAUGUGAUUUAGGGUCAUACAAAUUAUCAGCUUAUAAAAAGCGAACAUUCAGUUACACCAGCUAAUCUCGUUCAGGUUUGUCUAGUCAUACAGUGUUACCGGUGCAGUGGAAUGGAAGCUGAUCUGAGGAUUGUUCUGGUGGGUAAGAGAGGAGCUGGGAAGAGCAGCACAGCCAACACCAUUCUCGGAGAGAAGCUGCUCAAAUCGUCAUGUGGUGCAAACUCGGAUACAGCUAAAUGUAAGGCUGCAACCAAGACUGUAAAUGGGAGGAAAAUCACUGUGGUUGAAACACCAGGGUAUUUUUCUACUGAGUGCACUGAUGAAGAGCUAAAACUUGAGAUAGUCAAAAGCAUCGUAGAGUGUUCCCCUGGACCUCACGCUUUUCUUAUCGUGCUGCCUGUGAGGAGACAUACAGAGGAGGAGAAUAAAGUAGUGGAAGAGAUUCUGAAAAUGUUUGGGGAGGAGAUUUUAAAGUACGCUGUUGUCCUGUUUACCCAUGGAGACCAGCUUGACGACAACAUGACCAUCCAUAAGUUUGUGGAUGAAAACGACCACCUGAAAACACUUGUCCAAAAGUGUGGACACCGGUUUCAUGUCAUCGAUAACAAAUACUGGAAGAAUCCCUCUGAAGGCCCCGAUGAUGAGAGAAGCAACGCUGCUCAAAUCAAAAAGCUUAUGAACACGAUUGAUCAGAUGGUGAAGCAGAAUGGAGGGAAGCACUACACCAAUGAGAUGUUCCAGGCUGUGGCAAAAGCCACUGAAGAGGAAAUGGCAAAAGGAAAUACCAGAGAAAAGGCAAAACACAAUGUAAUGAAAAAGUUUUUAAAACAGGCGGCAGGUGUGUCAACAGGGGUUCUGAUCGGUGCAUUGCUCGGUGUUGGUGCAGUUACGGUAUUACUUGUAUGUCUUACAGUAAAAGUGUGUACGUCAGAUGGUGGUACUGCAGCUGCAGCAGUGGCCGGAGCAGAGGGUGUAGUUGCAGCAGCCACAGGGAUAGGAUUGGGAGCAGCAGCCGGUGCUGCAGCUGGAGUAAUAGCUGGAGUAGCGGCCUGUGUGGGUGCGAUUUCAGGGGGGAUAACAGGGGCAAAAGCAGCAAAUACAGCAGAGUCUCCCAUAGACGCUGCAGAGAAAGCCUUCCAUGCUGUAACAGAACCAGCAGUGAAAUGUGUUAAGGACAAAAUUGAUAAAAUGAUUGGCAAAAGUGUUGCAAAAAAGUGAGCUAUUCUCCUGAAACCAAUAACGGCUGAGAUUAAUUCAACAAGAAGUAAGAAAUCCCCCACCCCCCUUAUCCUGCGACUCCUUGACAGGAAGGGGGGGGGGGGGAGAAGAGUACAGAAGACGACAUUGGAGAUCUGUAGAUCAGUCCACCCACCCCCACCCAGAUUACAUCCUUUCACCUCAUAGCCACUUCCUUUAUUCAGUUUCCUGUUUUCGUUAAACCCUUGUGAUUUACCAUAAUGAAACCUUCAUCACCUGAGCAAAGCAAUCUGAUUGUGGAGCGGGAAGCUAACGAGCCAGUUUAACCCUUAAGCCCUCAAAUAUUGAGAGAAAGCUCUCACUACCAUUAACAUUGUUGCUCUUCAUUCUAGAAUUGAAAGCUAUGUACUGUUGGGAAACAGACAGUUUUGUGUAUUCUGCAUUUUGGAAGUUUCCGCUGGGCCCCGGGGGGGGAAGAGGGCGAGCCCCCCUGUUGUAUUUCAAUUUCAAUGUGAAUGGAACCUGUUUGAAUACAUAGGAUGGGUUUGAAUUUGAAUGGUCCAAUCGGAAGGAAGCAUAGCCUCUUAUCACCAAUCAGAGGCAGCGCUCCAAUUCUGGCAUUAUGCUAAAUGUACCCACUCUAAACUGUACAAAUCUAAUCACCCACCAGUACUAUUUUGAACUUUCUCGCUGAGUUGUUCCUGUAGCCGGCUGCUUAAUAAAUCUUCCUGUUUUUACUACAAACUUUUGAUCUGCUUCUUCCUCGGAUAACGGUCAUUUUACUUUUCUUUUGGUAACAUCUUGAAUUACCAACAGUACUAAGGGUGUGCAGAGACAACACUGUGUAUAUGUUCAACCAAUAAAAUUAUCUGUAUCUGUAAUCCAGCACACAACUGGUCCCCUGA